CGAUACGUGUAUAGUGUACUACGCCAUCCACCAAUCUACAUUAAGUAGCUCUGUGUCGUUAGAGACGGUCUUCAGUCGCACAGAUUCAAAAUGAUUUCGUUGAGAGCAGUCGUUUGUAUUUUCUUCGCAAUUCAUUUUACUUCUUCGCAUGCUCUUCAAUGUUAUGACUGCAUUUUUUACGAGGAUUACAAGAGCUCCGACCCGAGUUGUCAGUACAACCCGGACACUACAUUGCUGAAAACAUGCUAUGAUUUACCAUCGUUCAUAGAUGGUGAAACACCUGUGUGCAAAAAAGUCACCGGAUUUCUGAACGGAAAACCAGCCGUGAUACGUGAAUGUGCCCGUAGUUUAAGUGCAUUAGACGGAUUAUGUUCAUCCGAUGAAUUAAGAAUUGGAAAAAGCUUCACAAACGAUGCAUAUGGAUGUAUUUGUACAGGAGAACGAUGUAAUGGUGCAACAGAAAUUAAGUUCGGUUGCGCAUCAUUAUUCGCAAUAAUUGCUGUUCUUCAUGCAUUCUUUAAGCUUAUAUCAGCCAGAGACCAAUAUAUUAUGUAAAUUUUUUCCAAUUAAAUCAUUUUUAACGAA